AUGCUCAAAAUAGCUAGGGAGAUUUCCGAGUCCGAUUCGGGAGUUUUUGCUAUAUUGGAGGAUGUUUGUUGUGAAAGCGAUGACAAACCUCAACGACGAAGUACUGGGACCCAGACGGAGAUCUCUUGUAAUGAUGCUCCUCUCGCUACUGAUGUCUCCAUUCGUGUUGAAGACCAGCAAAUUAUUUGUGAACAUCCGGAUAUAAUGUUUUGGCGUUCGGUUGCAAGUCAAAGAGCCAAUGAACUAGAUAAUAUUAGAGAAGAUAUUAUGAAGGAGAAGGAAGCCUUAGAUAAGAAACACGAUGAGCUCUACUGUCAGCUACAAGAGAUUCUGAAGAAUGACCGAGAUAACGACGACAAAUUAGACCUUAUGGUGGACAAGACUGUACCACUGACGUAA